AUGACCAUAGAUAAAACAGAUUGUAACACUACCUUCCUGCCCUCUGGUUCUGAACCUCUGGGAGGGUUCGACGACCCAGUACCUUCAGAUGGGUUCGAACCCGACCAUCCUGUAGGCGGUCCAGCGCCUUUCACUAUCCCAGAGCUAAGUGCCCCUGCCUAUUUUCCGGACUUCGGUCCACAGGUCCCGAGACCGCCAUCUGCUCCUAAAUCACCAGUAGUUUGCAACUUACCAGCCUCUCACGGGGAAAUACCCGUUCCAACACCCCCUCCGAUGCUCCUCGCCGACACUAGACAAGAAGACAACAAGCCAGUUCGUCGACCCAAGCGUCAAAGAAACAGGAAGCCCAAACGUCGGCCAGGCAGACCCCCACAGGGAGGACGCCCCCAGAAGCAGCUUGGCCAAUGGAGGCCGCAAAGGGAGUCUAUAGAAGAUUCACCCAUCGCCCUGGGCGCUAUCCGAGGGGGAAAUGGUAUCCGUGGUAUAGGUCGCCUCCGUGAAGGAGGAGUCACUGGCUUCAUGAAAUCCUUCCGACGCCUUAUUCAGAGGAUGAUCUAAGACACUUGCUGGGUAAGAUGAAUGGUGGAGAGUAAUUUAAAAUUUUCUAGAUUUUGAGCGCUAGUCGUCAGCGAUGGAUACAUUUUUCGGUAGCUAGUCCUUCCAUCAGUAUUCCAUCUCCAUGCGGCUUAUAGUGCUCCAGCCCCAUGCACCUAGUUGUGAGGGAGGUCCAACAUAAAUUGUGAGAUAAUCAUCAAGACAAGUGCACCAUUAAAAUACAAUAGUCUCAACCGAUCACAGUACUCGAUACAGUAUAAAAUAUAUAAUAGAAAAAGCACUGUUCACAGAGACAAAUAUACAGUUCCACUGUGACAAGUCACAUGGCCUCUCAUGUGAUGCUGCGAAUGAUAUUGUUCCGUUCUACUGGAUAUUUUAUUAGUGGUUUUAAUCACUCUAUUUUUCACGUUAUUGUGAAAUUUUCAAGAUCAAAAUUAUGUCUCUGGUUGUGAGAGUUGGAGUGUGUUGCGCUCCUAACACGAUGCUGCUGAUGGUACACUGGAUGUACGAUCGACGUGUUCCUCUCCAACCUGACGCUGCUGCUACACUUUUUGGUGCACUGGUAGUACGAUCGGUUCGUGUGGUGGCUGGCCUCCACACCCAACUCGACGUUGCUACUGCAGCCUGUGUCGUACUGGUCAUAUGGUUGGUAUCUCCACAAUCAACUUAAGACUGCAGAUGCAACUUAGACUGAUCGCGCCACUUAAAUUCGCAGGAGUAUGCUUGUUAUACCCUACAAGCAAAAUCAUCUGUUAUCUUUACAAUAAAUCUUCUUGAGAUUAUCGCAGGAAACGUCUACUUCCUGGGUACCUGAUUUUAUUUGAUAUAAAUGUUGGUAUGUUUGUAUACUUCAGUGAAUAUUUUUUUUUGUAUAGGUCA